AUUGGUCAAUAGAAACUGACGACCUUCACCUAAAUAUAAGCAAACUAGUCUGCGCUGCCAGAAUGAAGAUCGACAUACACAGUCACAUUUUACCCGAGAACUGGCCAGACCUAAAAGAGCGCUAUGGAUAUGGAGGAUGGAUUCAGCUACAUCAUAAGUGUGCAGGUAAAGCAGACAUGAUGAAAGACGGAAACUUUUUCCGGACCGUGGAGGAGAACUGCUGGUCACCAGAGGCGAGAAUCAGGGAUAUGGAUAACACAGGUGUGACUGUACAGGCCCUAUCUACAGUUCCUGUUAUGUUUAGUUAUUGGGCAAAGCCACAGGACACUUUAGAUCUUUGUCAGAUUUUAAACAACGACAUUGCAGAAUCUGUGAAGAAGUACCCAAAGAGAUUUGUAGGACUGGGGACACUUCCAAUGCAAGCCCCUGAUCUGGCUGUCCAAGAACUGAUCAGAUGUAAACAGGAACUAGGUUUUAAUGGUGUCCAAAUUGGAUCUCACGUUAAUGACUGGAAUUUGGAUGCAGCAGAAUUAAGGCCAAUAUUUGCAGCUGCUGAGAAGCAUAAUGUGUCCAUCUUUGUACACCCCUGGGAUAUGGACUUGAGUGGACGAAUGAAGAAAUAUUGGCUGCCUUGGUUGGUAGGAAUGCCCUCAGAGACUGCCACAACUAUCUGUUGUAUGCUGAUGGGAGGAGUCUUGGAGGAGUUUCCUAAACUCAAAGUUUGUUUUGCACACGGAGGAGGGGCCUUUCCCUUCACUGUGGGUCGUAUAGAACACGGUUAUAAUGUCCGUCCAGAUCUCUGUGCCACAGACUGCAAAACAAACCCUCGGAAAUUCCUUGGUCAGUUCUACACAGAUGCCCUUGUCCAUGAUGCCAAAGCUCUGGAACUACUAAUUGAUGUUAUAGGCAAGGAUCGAGUUAUAAUGGGAUCAGACUACCCUUUUCCACUUGGUGAGCACCACCCAGGAAAAUUAAUUGAAUCUAUGGAGUUUGACCACAGUCUUAAGGAAAAUUUAUUGGUAAACAACGCCUGUGAGUUCUUGGGACUAGAUAAAGCAGUAUUUGGAUAAAGUUGAGGAAAGGAAGUAUUUAUAUGCUUGAUGCAGUUGAAACUAGUGACAUAAUACCAUUGAUGCAAUUUUGAUAUUACACGACACAUUCCGUUUUACAUUCUAUGAAACAAGGUUCAUGUGAAUUACUUCGAAAAUUUUUAUAUAUUUACAUUUUUAUUGUAAAAAUGUUAUAUGUACAUUUUUAUUGUAUACUAUUGUGCAGUAUACAUGUAUAUGUACAUUUAAAUAUGCAUAUUGUAUUAUAAGUGAAGUUUAAUUUUCAGUUCACAGAAAUUUAAUUUUAUUGACUUCCCGGUUUAAUGUUUUGUUUACUGUAUAUGUGUAUAUCCAUGAAAAUGAGAAAAAAUGGUUGAUUUAUUUUGUAUGCUAAGACAGUCAUAAUAAAAUCCAAAAGU